AUGAAAUCAACUUUUACAAGGUCUGCGUAAAGAAGUUUAGAAGAGCAACCAAUUAGUUCUUAAUUCAAAGCAUCUUCUCAGUUACAUGCUGCUCUUCUUAAUGAGUAUAAACGACCUGAAAAUUCUUCUAUGCCUAAAGUGACACUUACAUCCACAGGAAAAGAAGCUGUAAGAUAAGCUAGACUUGAAAAAGAAGUUUAAAAAUUUGAAUAUACUUUGUAAUCUGAAGUUGCUUCAUUACCUAAACAUCCAGCACCUAUAUAUAGAGAACAAACUAAAGUAAGUUAUCAAAAUUUAAUAUCAAGUUACUUAUUGAAAGACAAAAGGAUACGAGAAGAGAGAAUCAUUUAAAGUUUUGUGAUGAAUUUGAGAAAUGGGUUAAUCGUCUAAAUAAAAAUUUAGAAGAGGCCUAUAAAGAUAUUAAAAGAGAUAUUACAGAUUUCUUUUCUGAAUCAGAUCAAUAAAUAACUAAUUAUUAUCAAACACUUACUGAUGAAGCCUUACUUAAAAGGGAAAUAGAAUUUGUAGAAAGUAUCCAUUCAACUGUCAAUGCACAUAGAGAAAAAAGAGAAACCAAAGUUAACACACUUGAUAAAAGAUUAGAAGAUUUAGAAAAAGAGAGAUUUAGAUCCUUAGAACUAUUCUGUAAUAGAUUUUAAGAAGGUCUAAUUGAUGUGGCAUUCUAAUUAGAACCUGAAAUAACUGCGCAUGUGGAUGUAUGAGCUCUUAUUAUACACUCAGACUUUCAGAGAAGAGUUUCGAAAGGUUGUGGCAGAGAAGAGAGCAGACAAUUAAGUCUAUGUUCAAGAGGUCAAUAGAUAGCAUUAAGAGACAUUUAAAUAGUAUGACGAAACACAAAUUUAGAAAGAAUAACGAUGGAGAGAUUUAAAACAUUAACAUUAUAUUGAAGAAUUUAAUGUUGAUAUUUAGAAAUUAGAAUAUGUAUAUCCUGAUGAAAGAACAUAAUUAUAUGAUAAAUUUAGGAAAACAUAAAAGGAUAUAUUUAGAGAAAGAAAACAAUUAUUAGAGAAACUUAAUUCAUAUGAUUUAGCUGCAUUAACAAAAACAAUAGUUGAAAAGUGGAUAGAUGAAACUAAAUCAUAUAAUGAAUUAGCAUCAUAAACAAUUGAUGUUUGUUGUAAUAAUUUAUUAGAGGAAACUAAAAAAACACAUAAUUAUUGUAUGUAAAGAUAUGAAUUAAUCAAAUCAUAAUUAUUAUAUGCAAGAGCAAAAUCAGAAGAAGAAUUAAAUUAAUUAUUAGAAGAAUAAUUCCUACCAUAAGUUAAUAGUUUAAAUCAAUCUGCUAGAGAUUUAAUGAAAUAAGCUAUUGAUUAUUAUGAAAGAAUUGAUCAAUAAUAAACUGAUAUACUCACUAAUUAUGGAUAAUUCUUUAUGAAAAUAGCAACUAAAAAUGAUGAAUACAAAACUGAAAUGCAAUUAUUAAUGCAUAAUUAUGAAAUACAAAAAGCAUAAGCAGCAGAUAAAAAUGAUGAAGUCUUAGAAGAAUUAACUAAAAAGUUAAAAGAAGAUAAGUAAAAAUUAACUGAAGCAUUACAUCAUCCUCGUUUAGAAGAAUGUUUAACUUAAUGUUAUAAGGAUUUAGAUUAAUUUGGAGAAGAAUAUGAAAGAUUUCAUUAAGAUAAUAUGGCUAUAGCUAAUUAACAUCCAAAUAUCAUCAAAAAUAAACAUUAAAUAUUUGAAAAAUAAGUGUUAAAUAUCUUUGAAUUAGUUGAUCCAUAAAAGGAAUAAUUCCUAUAAGAAAAAUAUAGAAGGAUAGCUGAAACAAAAAUAAAAUAUUUAAUUGCUAAAGAAGAAUAUAAUAAAAAAAUAGAAGAAGAGAAAUUAAUUGAAGAAGCCAAGAAUAAAAAAGGAGGUAAACCUCCUGCUACAAAACCUAAAGAUCCAAAAAAGUAUUAAUAAGUAAAUAUAGUAGAUUUUAAUAAGAAUUAGAGGAUAGAAUGAAAUAAUUAUUAAAGGAAUAACCACCCUAAGAAGUACCUAAAUAUAAUAGUCCCCUUGAUUAAUAAUUUGUAUUGUUUAGAUCUACAAAUGAAAUUGCAGAACGUAUGUACAUUCCUCCAGAUGAAAUGGAAUAAGUACUAGCUAAAGAAAAAUUAGAAGCUGAUGAAAUUGAAUCAUAUUUAUAAUAAUAGAAUGCACCAAAAGAUCCUAAAGCAAAACCUGCAGCUCCACCUCCUAUUGAAUUACCUAAUUAUAUUCCAGAAGAGGAUGUCCCUAAGAAAUCAGUUGAUUUUGCUGAACAACCUCCUAUAAAUGUGUUAAAUUAAGCUGUUUUAGAAAAGGAUGCAAUAAUAACAAUAGAAUAUUUAUCGGCAUUAUUAAAUUAAACUAAAUAGAAAUUAUUUGAUUAUAUAACUAGUUGUCUUAACUUUUAAAAUUAAUAAGCUAAUGAAAGUGAUAAUGAAUUUAUAAAAUAAUCUGAAAAUCAGAGAAAUGAAAAGUAGUCUUAAAUAGAACCAUAAAAAUAAGAAAUCAAAAAUACUAUAUAUGUAUUAAGAAGUUAAUAAAUUACAAUGCAUAAAAAAAGGUAAAAUAAAAUAUUAAUUAAUUAGAUAUGAACGAUAUGCAAAGUAAUUAGUAGAAAGGAUUGAUGAUCAAACAGAAUAGAUUAAUUUUUUAUUGGAAGGUGGAUUAUUGGAUAUGAAAGAUUAUAUAUAAGAGUAGUAAACAUUAAAAAAUAAUUUAUAAACAGCAACAACUUUAGCCAAAUUAUAAGGAAUUCAAAAUACUGUUAAAGAGAACUAUUUUAAAUUUGGAGAAAGUAAUAUUUUUAAUUUAUAAUAGAAAUUAAUGAUUUAGAAUAAAAAUUAAAUUAUUUGGCAAAUUAAGAAUUGGAUGUAUUAUUAUAAAAAAACAAAGAUUUUAUGAGAGAUUGCAAACCAAAUGAAUAUUUUAAAGAAGAAUUAGAAUGGUAUCAAUAAAUGAUGGAUGAACAUAAUGCUACAAUUAUUAAACAUAAAGAAAAAAGAACAUAAAGAUUAGAAGAAAUUAAAAAAGUAUUGAUAGCUAAAAAAUAAGAAUAAUUGGAUAAAUUUGAAUAAGAAUAUAUAAUAGCAGUUGAAGAUUUAGCAGCUAAAGAUGGUACUGGAAAGAAAUAUGGAAGACCUAAAAGAAUAGCUUAAGAAAAAUUAAGAACAGAAAUGACUAAAUGUGAAAAAGCAUAAGAAUGUAUCAAUUUGAAAAUACAAGAAUUGAAAGAUCAUUAUGAUUUAUUCAAAAAUAAAUAAGGUGAUUAUUUUGCUAAUCUUGAACCAUCAUUUUCUAUAAAAAUUAGAAAAAUAUUAAGUGGAACCUUAAUUUGUAUCAAAAGAUAUGCAAAUCAUAUUGAAGCACUUAAACCAGAUAAUAAAGUUGUAGAUAUGCCAAGAACUACUUGGAAGGAAAAUAAAUUUGAUACUAUUUUAGAAGUUGAAGAAUAAUAAGAAGAUAAAAAAAUAAUUGAAAAUGAUUUAGAAAGUAUGGGACCAUUAUUUUAUGCUGAAAAGAAAUUAUAAGAAAGUUUAGUAGAUAUUGAAAAGAUAAUUAAAGAAGAAGCAAUUAAAAUUUAUGCAGAUAAAUAAAAAUUCUUAACUGGAACUGAUAAAAUUCCAGAUUAUCUNAAAAAGCUAAUGAAAGUGAUAAUGAAUUUAUAAAGUAAUCUGAAAAUUAGAGAAAUGAAAAGUAGUCUUAAAUUGAACCAUAAAAACAAGAAAUCAAAAAUACUAUAUAUGUAUUAAGAAGCCAAUAAAUUACAAUGCAUAAAAAAAGGUAAAAUAAAAUAUUAAUUAAUUAGAUAUGAACGAUAUGCAAAGUAAUUAGUAGAAAGAAUUGAUGAUCAAACAGAAUAGAUCAAUUUUUUAUUGGAAGGUGGAUUAUUGGAUAUGAAAGAUUACAUUUAAGAGUAGUAAACACUAAAAAAUAAUUUAUAAUCAGCAACAACUUUAGCCAAAUUAUAAGGAAUUCAAAAUACUGUUAAAGAGAAUUAUUUUAAAUUUGGAGAAAGUAAUAUUUUUAAUUUAUAAUAGAAAUUAAUGAUUUAGAAUAAAAAUUAAGUUAUUUAGCAAAUUAAGAAUUGGAUGUAUUAUUAUAAAAAAAUAAAGAUUUUAUGAGAGAUUGCAAACCAAAUGAAUAUUUUAAAGAAGAAUUAGAAUGGUAUCAAUAAAUGAUGGAUGAACAUAAUGCUACAAUUAUUAAACAUAAAGAAAAAAGAACAUAAAGAUUAGAAGAAAUUAAAAAAGUAUUGAUAGCUAAAAAAUAAGAAUAAUUGGAUAAAUUUGAAUAAGAAUAUAUAAUAGCAGUUGAAGAUUUAGCAGCUAAAGAUGGUACUGGAAAGAAAUAUGGAAGACCUAAAAGAAUAGCUUAAGAAAAAUUAAGAACAGAAAUGACUAAAUGUGAAAAAGCAUAAGAAUGUAUCAAUUUGAAAAUACAAGAAUUGAAAGAUCAUUAUGAUUUAUUCAAAAAUAAAUAAGGUGAUUAUUUUGCUAAUCUUGAACCAUCAUUUUCUAUAAAAAUUAGAAAAAUAUUAAGUGGAACCUUAAUUUGUAUCAAAAGAUAUGCAAAUCAUAUUGAAGCACUUAAACCAGAUAAUAAAGUUGUAGAUAUGCCAAGAACUACUUGGAAGGAAAAUAAAUUUGAUACUAUUUUAGAAGUUGAAGAAUAAUAAGAAGAUAAAAAAAUAAUUGAAAAUGAUUUAGAAAGUAUGGGACCAUUAUUUUAUGCUGAAAAGAAAUUAUAAGAAAGUUUAGUAGAUAUUGAAAAGAUAAUUAAAGAAGAAGCAAUUAAAAUUUAUGCAGAUAAAUAAAAAUUCUUAACUGGAACUGAUAAAAUUCCAGAUUAUCUUAGAGCAUAUAUUGAGAAUAUGUAAAGGAAUAUGAAUGAAUUUAGAAUAUAAUCAAUUAGAGAACUUAGGAAUGCUUGUGAAGAAUUAUCAGAAAUGUCACCAAAAAUAAGUUAGAUGAUAUUAUUAUCAAAUCAUUAAAGAUGGAUAUUCACAUUAUCAUUAAUUAAUACUAAUUUAUGGAAUGAAUUAUAAAAGGAAUAAAAUAAAUAAGAGAAUCUUAAAAAAUUACAUUAAAAAUUAUUAAGACCUAAUUUAGGAAAUCCAUAAUUAAAAGAAGAAUUAGAUGAUUUAAAAUAAAAAGAAUCAAAAAGAUUAUCUGAUUUUUUGGAAUUAUUAUCAAAAUAUUAAGUAACUCUUUUUGAUGAAAAUUUCAAUUAAGGAGACAAAUAUUUGAAAGCUGCAAAUUAAAAUUUUGAAUUCUUAUUACUUUUUUAUGAUUCACUCUUAUUAUUUGAAGAUUUUAUUAAAUUACCUGGAGAUGAAUAAAUAUAAAAAAAGCAUUAAAAUUUGAAAGUCUCUUUGAGAUAAAAGUAGAGUGGUUAAAUAAUAGAUACAAAUUCAGAAAGAUCUCUAAGUAAAACUUGGGAAGGUGUUUAAUUGGAUAUGUUUACUAUAGGAGAUAGAAUUAUAUAAUAUAAUUGGCAAAUCAAUUAAGUAGUAAAAGUAGAUCCGAAAGAUGCAAAAAAUAAAGCUCCAGAAGCUAAGAAACCUGCUCCAGGAGGAAAACAAUAAGAAAUUGAGAAACCCAUUUAGACAACUACAACGUAUUUAAUUUAAUAAACUUUAGACCAUUAAAAUCAUUUAAAACAUUUAGAUAAAUAUCAGCCAAACAUGAAUUCUUUAAAUCAAUUAAUGAAUUUGUUAUUGAAUACAAGAAAUAAGUAGAUUAUGCAAAAGAUUAAAUAAAAUUACUUAGUGAAAGAGAGUUAAAGUUCUAAUUCAAAUGGGAAUAAAGUAUUGCUUCUUUAUGA